UGAAGUCUAAAGUUUUUUACAAAUAUUUUCAUUUUUACAGAAAUGCUAGCAAAAAAUUGCAUUGCACAUUAAUUAGGAAUUUGGUAAAAAGUUAAAAUUGUUUUAUAGCAGUGAGUUUAGUUCAGAAAGAUAUGUUCAUAUUAUAUAAAUGACUAUUGAGUGGGUGACAAUUCAUGCAAUUUGAUUGCAAACAUUCUGAAUUCAGAAACCUGUGUGAACUGGAUAUUUUGACAUACAGUAACUUGCUGGAAACCUUUAGUGAAAAAGUUUAGUUUUCCAACAGAAGACAUAUAUUGAGUUGUCCCAGUAGGAACAGCUCAGGUGUUACUAAUAACAACUAUUGAAUUGUCCUGGUAAGCCACAUAGUGUGAUGGUGAUCCAGUACACACAAUACCAGAACCCUGAACCUGAACCAGCUAAAUGGAAUUCAGUCAUCAUUAGUUUGAUCACUUAAACCUGUGAUUUUCCUGCUGUGACACAGCAGCAUGUUUUCUGUUAAAAAAUCCAACAAGCUUCAUUUUGGUUUAGAAUAGAAGAAAUAAUAUAUGAAAUAUUUUUAAAUCAGAAAAACAAAUGUCAAAAGUUACCAAAGAUGUUUGUGUACAACGUUAGGAUUUUAUUUACUUCUGAUUGAAGUUUUACUCAGAAAAUCUGUCCCAGCUGCUACAGCAAGUUGUCAUGUGACUUAAAUUAUUACAGUCACAUGUUGAUUCUUUCAUGUAUUAAUUCACAAGAGAUGGGUAAAAUAAACAGAUUAGCUUAUAGUUUAUCUCCUGUUGUGAAAACUGUCUUGGCCUCACCUCUUCCAGGCUUUACCUCAUUAGACCCUAAUUAGGAAGAGUGAUUAGUUAAGUUGGUGUUAACUGCAUAACCAAACCCUUUAUUUUUCAUUACAGCAAGCAAGACAGAUCAACCAUGACAACUUCAAGCAAUCCAGGCUGCAAGAAAGUCAGUUAUUGAUAACUUUUAAGACACAAAAUAGAUUUUAUUAUUCAUUUUUAUUGCUUGCAUGUUAAAGUGUGUCCAUGCCUCCAUGCCUUCCCAUGCUGCCAGUCUCUCCAGUCGCCCCACCCAGCUCAAGGCGCUCCCUGGUGGUCUUGUCUGUGACUCCAGGAAAACACCUCCUCCCGGAGUGAAAAACAUUAAAGAAGGGGAGGAGGGACCAGAUUUAGGACAGGAGGGAUGUGAGCACGGUCUGAAUCGAGGGAUAUUUUUAUAUAGGAGGAGCUGGCGGCUGACUCGUUGUCUGUGUUUCUGCUGGAGCUUUUAGUUUCUGGACGCGGAUGCUGCGUUGGAGCGGACUGACUGGUGCAGGAUGCUGAGAUGCUGAUGACAGGCCGAACCUCUUUGACAGAAUCCUGGAUCGUGGAUGGAGCCCAAAGCCAAAACAGCUGAAAGACGAUAAAUCAGAAAGAGAAAGCAACAGGCCAGUCGGAUCCAGUCUGUAAGCAGGAUAUCAUCAGGCCGGCGGUGUGUGAGGGAGCAGCGGCGGCGGCGGCGGCAUGUUCUGAGCGGGGAGCCCGGCGAGCGGCGGCGGCUGGCGGGAUGAAGGCGCCGAGGAGACCGAGGCAGACGCUGCUCCUCCCCCGGCUCUGCUUCUGCGGAGUCGGUCUGGUCGCAGCCGCCUGGAUCCUUCACUUCGAUGAUGUUACAGGCUCCCAUGGACCCACUGUGAAGGGUGGCAUCUCCUUUUCCAAGAGAGAGCUCAUCCAGCCGAAAGAUGACAACAAUCAGUCCAGGGACAGUAGAACUGCUAUCAGUGAGUUUCCUGAAGACAUCUUUACUCUGGAGCAGAGGAGGCAGGGAGCGGUACUCCUUCAUGUUCUCUGCGCUAUCUACAUGUUUCACGCGCUGGCCAUUGUGUGUGAUGUUUAUUUUGUGCCAUCGCUGGAAAAAGUAUCAGAGAACCUUCAACUCAGCCAGGAUGUUGCCGGGGCAACCUUCAUGGCAGCUGGGAGCUCCGCCCCCGAGCUCUUCACCUCUUUGAUUGGAGUGUUUAUCACGAAAGGAGACGUGGGUGUGGGAACUAUCGUGGGAUCGGCUGUGUUUAAUAUCCUGGUCAUCAUUGGCCUCUGUGGCAUCUUCUCCGGACAGCCGAUCUCUCUGAGCUGGUGGCCUCUGUUUCGUGACGCUGUCUUCUACAUCUUGUCCAUCUUGGUGCUUAUUCUGGUGAUCUAUGAUGAAAAAGUCCUGUGGUGGGAGACCAUCAUCCUGAUCUCUAUGUAUGGAAUCUACAUAAUCAUCAUGAAGUUCAACAGAUCUCUGUGCAGCCUGGUAGAAAGACACUGCAGCAUAGCAGGUCAGCCAUGUCUGAGCGGCCUGCGGCGGACGACUGCUGUCGGAAACAUUGGAGACUGUGACAACGACAUGGUGCCGCUGAAGCCAGACUCGUGCGUGGUGGCCGGUCAGGACUCCGGGGUUGUGAUGGUGGAUGAGCUGAUGAACCUGCACCCCCACCAGCUCUCCUUCUCAGAGAGGCAGAGGCUGAUCCGGGCUCGGGUCGGCCCUGAAGACGGGGGAGCCUUAGGGGAGGAGGGCGUGGGUGGUAGCGGGACGUGGGGGAGGGAGAACGGGACGGUGGCCGAGGGAGACAGGCCGCCGCUGGGGGGAGAGAGGGAGAGGGCUAAAGAGACGGGGCGAGAGACGGGAGGGGGAGCACAGCCUAAAGAGGAAGAGGAUGAGGAGGAGGAAGAGCAGGAGGAAGGAGAAGAGGAGAACACUCCUUUCAAACCUUUCAUCAUACCAGAUGGUUGGUGUGUGCGUGUGAAGUGGCUGCUCUCCUGGCCGGUGAGCGUCCUGCUUUACUACACCGUGCCCGACUGUAACCUGCCUCGGUGGGAGCGCUGGUACCUGCUCACCUUCCUGUCCUCCACGCUCUGGAUAGCCCUCUUCUCCUACCUCAUGGUCUGGAUGGUGACUAUAAUCAGCUACACACUUGGAAUCCCGGACGUCAUUAUGGGGAUCACCUUCCUGGCAGCCGGCACCAGUGUCCCUGACUGCAUGGCCAGCCUCAUCGUCGCCCGGCAAGGCUUGGGUGACAUGGCCGUGUCCAACUCCAUCGGCAGUAAUAUCUUUGAUGUGCUGCUGGGUCUUGGCUUCCCCUGGGCACUGAGGACUCUCAUUGUCAGCUACGGAUCAGUGGUGACAAUCAACAGCAAAGGUCUGGUGUACUCAGUGAUCCUGCUGUUGGCCUCAGUCACACUGACUGUCCUGUGCGUCCAUCUGAACCGCUGGAAGCUGGACCGCAGGUUGGGACUCUGUCUCCUGCUGCUGUACGCCAUCUUCCUCCUCUGCUCCAUCGGCUUUGAGAGACUGUAGAGGACACACACACACUCACACUCGCACACACACACACAUACAUACACAGUCGUACAAAUGGUGUAUGGUAAAACACACGGACUUAUAGAAGUAGUCCAACUUGUUUUCCACUUUUCACUGCUGCCAUUAUUAAUCAAGUGUGACAGACAGGUGAGUUUCAUUUCAUUUCACGGUGGCUGUACAUGUUUGAGCUGCCCGAGAUCUACAUUGUUUACCUUUGAUAAAUGAGUAUUUUACAUAGUUUUGUACCGAGCACCUCCAGCCCAGAUUUUACACCCAACUGUUAAUGCACUGUAUCUCACAACAAAUUUAUAAAACACUGGAUUUGUAUUCUACCUACAGUACUAUCUUUGCACCACAAGGUGUUAUUCUGAAACCAAGAAAAAAUCCCAAAAGUGUAUUCGUUUACUAUUACUGUAACUGCCACAAGUAACCUCAAAGACCAGAUGAUUAUACAUGUAAGUUUCUAUAGUUGCUUCUUAGUCAGUGCAGUUAUUUUAUGUAUAGUUUAAUGUCAAGUUUUCAUCACGCCUUUGUGUGUAUUGGUGUGUAUUUUCCUGGCAUAGCAUGGCUGAUCAUCACGCUCCAGAUAAUUGCACUAAGCCACUGUUGUCUUGGCCUUGUACAUAACGUAGGCCCCCUCUUUCCUAAAAGCUUCUCAGCACAGAGGUCAUGUUUUUGUGCUGGAACGGAGGCGAUUGUACGCUACGAGGUGUUUUUUGAAUGUUUGUGUUUGGCGAGAGUCCCUGGGUGUAAGUUGUUGAGUGCAAUAAAACGCUGUGUCCUGUGAGAUUUCUCCUGUACUUUUCACACGGCUGCUCUAACUGAUGAUCUUUUUGAAAUUUGCCCCACUUGCACUUGAAUUUAACGUGGUAAAUUUGACAAGAAUCAGACAAGACGCACGUUAGGAAUCGAUCCAAAGUAGCGUGGAUUUCAACAGAGGGGUGUUAUGUUUUUUUAUCUGCUGAACUCCAAACAGUGUCUGCAUUUACUCCAUCAAAUGUAUCAUCAAUUACAUGAUUAAACCAAAGGAAAGCAAAAAAGAUGCAUGAUGUGUUAAAACUAUACUUAAAAGAAGCACAUUUCAGUAUCUUUUAUAAAGUUGUAUAGUUAAGCGAGACAUCUCGUCCAUUAGGUUUUCAGUGCAGCUAGUCACUACAAUAGCUAUUUCAUAGACAAAACACAUUUUCAACAAGAGUGGAGGAGCUAAUCACAGAGACAUGCUGCUGUAGUAAUAAGACAUGUUGACUCUGGCCUCAGUGGUUGGGAAGUAUUGUCAUAAACAUAAAGGAUGAUGACUGAAAUAACUUAGUUAAACAAAUUCAGCCUAUUCUUCCACUGAGAUUAACCAUAUAUUGAUAAAACAAAACAGUCCAGACAGUAUUUACUCCUCAUAUUAACAGAAAACUCCACCUCAAUCUAAAUUGCAGCUCUCAGAUCAUGUUUGAGCCACGUCUGAGCUCUUUUGUGGAUGAACUAAUGGUGAAACAACACACAGCUUUUAUUUAACAUUUAGUAGAAACAUCCAGUUACGUUUGAACCCCUAAACCUUGGGCACUAUGUGUUAAAAGGGUUUUAUCUCCUCACAGUUCUUUCCAUGUUAAUAUAAACCUACUCAAAUUAAAGCUGAGGCUUGGCUCUUCAAUUUAGUAUCCAUAUUUUUAUUUCAAACUGAAUGUGCUGAAGGACAAAAAAUGUCACUUACAGUCUGGACUGUAUUUCUCUGGAAUUUACUGCUUUAGUUGUAGUUGUAGAAAACAAGCAGUAAAAAAACAAAUUGUGAAGGAUAAUAGUAAGAUAGGUUUCACAUGAAGCAGGAUUAUGGAUGAGACACAGACCAACAAGGUCUAAGUCAGAAUCACAGUUGAAGAUGAGGUCUGGUUGUACCUGCUGCACUUCAGCACCACGGACAGCUCCACAGCCUGGCUAAAGAGAAGGGAGCUGUCCAAGUGCUGAAGCCAGGAAACACACACACCACUAAUAAACUGAGGUUUUUCUUGUGUUUUGUGGCUCAUUUGAUCUUUCUCUCUAUCAAACCAACAUAUUUAAAGCAGGUCAUAAGCACCACAUCCGCUGAUCAAAACAAAAAUUUCUGUUUAACUUUACUGAAUGCUGAAAAACAACAAUGGACACAAGAUUCAAAUUCAAAGUGAUUUUUAUUUCAGUCAGGCUAAAUCGGCUUCAUUACCAAAGAAAUGUAAAAAAUAAAAAUAGUACAACAAAGUACAUCAUUUUACAAAUACUCAUAAUGGAGGUCGGACAUAUCAGAAUAAUCAAAUAAAUUCAAACAUGUCACAGUCAUAACAAAAAUAGAAAAAGUCAAUACAGUACAUAGAAUGCAUUAGGAGCUAUAUACUUGAAGUGUUUGCUAUACCAUAGACUUUACAAAAUUCUACUAGAAAAAACUCCCAAUACCAAUGACAUAACAGGUUAUAUAAAAUGUAAAAAAAAAAAAAAAACAACCAAAAAAAAAACCAACUGAUGUGUGUGUGCAUUCAUACAGGUGCAAUCUGCAUGCAAAUCUGCCUCAGUGUGACGAAUGAUAAAAGCAGCUACAGUUUGUCAUCGACUGUGUGUGUGUGUGUGAUCAGUUUGACAGCGGCUGUUUAAGAAAUGACUCGUUUGAAGGUUGACGUCGCUGCCAAACUGGUUUCUAAAAACGCUAGCACAAAAGACAUCUCUGAGAAAAAGGAAUGCGCCUUCAUGGUUACAACUUUCAUAUAUUGAACACACAGCAGGCUAAAAUAUGGAACCAGUAUCAGUUUCCCCCGAUAAGAACAGCAUUAUCUAACUUCUCAAAAAAAAAAAUCUUGUUUUUCCCAUAUAAGACAAUGUAGCUCUGUCGGAUGAGGAAAUAAUGUAGAAAAUGUGAUGAAUGUUUUAGUCUCAUGAGCUCAACCGACUUACAGUGUAUGCUCAGUGUUGUAGUGUUUCGUUAAAUAACGGAAUCAGCAAUUAAAAGAUGGUUAAAGUAGCAAGGCCAAAGAUUUUGUGCUACCAGCUUAACGAGUCGAAGCCAAAA